UUAGUCUCUAUUAUAGUCCCAACCGUACGAUAGUUCCGUGCACUUGAACUACCAGUUGCGCUUUUAUAGUUCUUACGAAAACGAAAAAUUCAUUUAAAUAAAUUCAAAGAAACGUGAUCGAAUAUAAUCGAAAACAUGCCAUCGCGAGGAUUCUACGAAAUCGCAAACAGAGAGGAAGGCAAAGUAGCGCAACGAGAUCAGUCUUAUAGAAGUUGUGUCCUAACGUUGGUAAUAUUCUUCUUCUUGUGUAUCAUACUCAUUCUCGCUACUCUGCCAUGGAAAAGGACUCACGGUUACGACGAAGAAGAUUCAAACUCCGUAGAGGCCUUUCACCGUUAUAUUCAACGCACAACCCAAUCAACGAACACGGCUGAAACAUCGAAACAUUAUUCGACCGAUUCCACCGUUUCGUCUGAAACGACCGAAGCGGAGGCAACAACUUCGAAAGCCACCACGACUGCGAUAAAUGUUACAAACUGGACUGAUAAAUCGCUCAUUACUGAAAUAUUUGAAAGUGCAACAAGCACUGCGAUAGCGACUACCGAAUUAGGAAGUAACGACGAAACAUUAAGAUCAUCGAUAGCUACUAUCGAAUUAGUAACUAAUAAUAAAGAAACGUCAACGCCAUCGAUAGCUACUACCGACAUCGAAACUGAUAACGAAGGAACGACGUCCUCGGUAAUCAAUGACAAGGAAACGUCAACGUUUUCAGCGACUACCACCGAAUCGGUCACCGAAGACGAAGACACGUCAACAUCCUCGUCGAGUACUACCGAAUCGAUAACUAAUAACGAGGAUUCGUCGACCGUCGAAAUUUCUACUUUCUUCGAAAAGUUGUCUUCGACUACGACGGAGACGACACUCUCUACAACCCUUGCGAAUACCAUUACCGCAUCUUCGACCGGAAGCGAGGAAGAAGCUACAGUUUUAACUACGACCGACGGUGUUCAAACUACAACCGACGGCGUUCAAACUACAACCGACGGCGUUCAAACUACAACCGACGGCGUUCAAACUACAACCGACGGUGUUCAAACUACAACCGACGGUGUUCAAACUACAACCGACGGCGUUCAAACGACAGCCGACGACGUCCAAACUACAACCAACGGCGUUCGAACUACAACGCCAAGCGGUACUCUGACGGUUCUUCCGGACCAUGGGAAAAGACAACAUGAAGACAAACCGAAUGUGUGCACACAGGGCGAAUGCAAGGUCCUAGCUAGCCAAAUGUUGUUUUACAUGAACCACACGGUCGAUCCAUGCGAGGACUUCUACGAGUACGCUUGCGGCGGCUUCGAAGCGAAUCCUCGCGUUGUGGAGUACGAUUUAGAGAGCGCAGCUUACAACCGUAUACUGAGACAAGUGCAACAAGAGAACCGCGAAGGUAAAUCGUCCCUGUUCAGCAGAUACUAUAACAGUUGUAUGAACUACGAGACGCUGACCUUGGAGGAGAAAAUGGAUGCGGCGGAAAAAGUGUUGGCCAGUGUUGGAACGUUUUACACUACCGACAACUUCAAUAAGGAUGACGUGAACUUCACCAAACUGGUGGCAGAGCUAUUAUUACAUAAUAGGUGCGAGGAUCGGACAGCAACGACUGUAGAAAAAUAUCGCACUAUGUAUACUUUUUCUUGUCUUUUCAGCGCGUUAUUGUUCGACGUGACCCCGGAGCUUGAAGAGCAUAAUAGGAAACAUCUGACCAUAAAGAUAAGCCCUCCGAGGUACAAGAGUCCCUUUGAGAAAACCGAGGAUAAUCCUUGUUACGCGACCCGGUACGAGCGGGACCAAAAGACUGUUAAUUUCAGAGAACUGUACCAAGAAUACGAAACGUGCAUAAAACGGGACAAUACGAAGCUUCUAAAUUCCGUCAGGACCGCCUUGUCGGCACUCGGAGCGUUCAAAGAGUUGAACAAUGCGAGUAGCAUCUCCGAAUACGUGGAAAAGACGGUCAACGCCAUCGAUACCGAAAUCGUGCACAAAUUCCUCGAGAAUUUCCCAUCCAAAAAUCGAAUUCGCGAGGCGUAUCUAUUGAAAGAGUAUCACAACGUUCCGAUCGCCGAGUUGCAAACAAAGUGGAAAAUCAUAGACUGCUUAAAGCUGUUCGCCUUGCUAACGGGAAGCGACAAAGAGAAAGAAAUUCGCACAGACGUGCGCGUGCAAGUUUACUUUUACGAUGCUUUGACCAAAGGAUUGGAGGAUCUCGAUCGAUUUGGAUCCGAACAACCGAUGGAAUUAAAUAACGCCUUGCUAGGGCUGUAUGCGCAAGCAAUUUACCAGCAGUUGAUUGUGCCGAAACGCGCGGAUCCAAAAGACCAUUGUCUUCGCGUUGCUGCCAAUCUCCUGGUCCCUGAAGCUUCGAGUUUCUACAUCUCCACUUUCUCGAAAGACGAGCUUCUGUACAUGAGUGACACCAUACAGGGUUUAUUCAACCAACUAAAGGAGACGCUGAAAGCAAAAAUAAACGAAUCAACAUGGACCUCCGAGGGAGACCGGAAAAUUUUGGUCGCUAAGAUUGACAAUCUGACGGUCGUCGCACCUAAUAUCUCUUACUUCGAUCACACCAACUUGCUUUACGGUUCGACGAAAGCGGACGAGAUGCUUCUAUCGGACAACUACUUGAACGACUCCAUCACCUUGAUGAAAAGGUACCGGGAGCGGAUGUACGAGCAAUUGUACUGCGAGCCGGGAUGUCCUGAACAAAUUUGGACAUAUUACACGACGCCGUUCCAAUCUAAAGGGCUUGUGAUUUACGAGCUGCAACUCGUCGUGAUACCAUUUGGUGCGAUCGACUGGUCCGUCAAGUACAACGAAACGUUGUUAGACUACAUUAAAAUGGCGACGAUCGGCAAUACGAUAGCGCACCAGAUAGCUCGUUAUUUCGACGCAAACGGUAUAUACUAUCAGUCUGAAUCGCAGAACGACACUCCGGUAUUCGAGAGCAGAGUUGCGAACUCGAGCUUCGAGCAUUACAUAGAUUGCCACAAGAAUAAGCUUUACGAGAAGCCUUUGAGUAUGACGUUGCUAUCUACCGAACAGGACGUGUCUUACACGAUCCCGCAAUUGACGCUAAACGAACGGUUGUCGGAGACGAUGGGACUCAGAUUAACCUAUGACACUUUGGAUCGUAUGAGAUCUCACGAGGAAGUUCAUCUUCCCUGGCUUAACCUUGAAUUGGAUCAGCUAUUCUAUCUCACAUAUGCUCAGAUGCACUGUUCGAAACUACCACUUACAUCGUCGUAUGUAUCAUUGUACGAGGACGAGAAGUUACCGAGUCGCAUAAGCAUCUUUGUGUCCGCAUCUAACAAUCGACUCCUAGGCGAGGCUUGGAAUUGUCCGGAUGGCUCGGGGAUAAAUCCAAGCUUUAGCUGCGACGUGUUUCCGUAUCUUCAAACUAACGAAGAUAUCUCGGAAGAUGAGCUACUAUCGUAGCGACUGAUUACGUAUUUUUUUUGUUCUUUUUUCUUUCUCAAACUUUAUGUAUAUAAGGAAGCCUGAUAUAUUAAGUGGUAACAACGUU